UCGAUAGCGCGAGAACGCAAUCCGAUCUUGCAUUUACGUAACAUAUCUAUACUUCAAUCAACGGGAUCGGGAUUAACAUAACGGUGAAUUUGUUUUAUAAAUAAGGAGUCAAUCAGCUAGUAAUCAUGUCGAAUGCAUUUCGAUACUUUCUCUCCAUUGGUAUAAUGGGAGGAAGUGUGUUUGGUGGAUGGGUCUUGAUGAAAACUGUCACGCCAGAUACUGAAGAGCUUGUAAAGCGGCUUCCGGAAGCAGAUCCAGAGAAAAUGGCAGAGUCGAGACAAAGGACUAAAGAUCUUGUGGCAGCACUGAAAGCAGCAUCAGAAAGUCCCCAUCCAAUAUACCAAGAUGUGAAAAGAGAGUGAAACAUGAGGAAAGACUCUAAACAGAAAAUGAACUUAAAUUGAAAGAUAGCUACUGUCUUCAUUGCAGGGAGCAAGGUCUUGAAGAUCAGAUGCUUAUUUUCAGAUUUGGCAUGAAUCUGUGAUGAUUAUCCUGGACCCGGGAAAAGUGAUAUUUUGAAAUACUACAAGCCAUGUUACAGAUUUCAUUAUCCACUUGGUGUCAUGACUGUCAUCAUAUGCCUUGUAUGAAACCUCAGUGAUCCAAUGCUCAAUUUUGGUUAUGUAGAACCAAUUGUUCCCCUUCAAAUUAUUUCGGGUCUCCAUGCAUAUAAGUCUUAGUUUGUAUCUGUCAGUACAUGCAGAACUAAGAAGACAAAAUUUGUGAGAUGAAGGAUUUAUAUUUGUGAGCUGGCAAAUCCUAAUUAUUUUGGAGCCAUCAUCAAAUUCAAUUUAAAUUCAACUUUGCUUUUUAAGGAAAUAAAACUUCAAACUGAACAUGUUUGUGUGUGUGGGGGUAAAUGAAUAUGGAUACUUUACAUUGAGUGGUAGUUCAUCAAAGAGUUAAUUUAAUUUCUGCUCUUGUGUUUGACUGUUUGAAAAAUAUGUAAUUUGAAUAAUCGGUAUUAAUUUUCAUCAAUCCAUGCAACAUGAAUUAUCAUUUUGGUGUAUCAUCAAAGCGUACUUUCUAUACAAGGCAUUCGCUCAUGAUUAAUUUAUUACUAAGAAGAAUAAAGGUUUUUCAAAAUUAUUUGCUUUCAAAAGACCCUAGAUAUUUACGACAAUUUCGUACAUGAAUCAGCUUUAAUUUCUUGCAUACAAAUGUGCUAAGUAUGCUAUACUUACUGUAUGUCAUCUGGAUGAUAACUAAACAAAUUAAUGAAUUGAAUCAUAGAAGUGUUAAUUGAUUUAGGUGGAUUUGUGUUCAUAAAAAUUCAAGAAAAGAGCUUUAGAAUCUAUCUGAGGUGUAACUAGCAGAGUAGCUGACACACUUUAGAUCUUGGCUGAUUUAUCACCAGAUUUUCAGCAUACAGUGUUAGUGUAAGUGAUAUUACGCUGAGCAAGGAGAGAUUAGUUUGAUGUAAUGGUCACAGGGAAAAUAUCACUUAUAUUUCUGGUUUUAAAUUGUGGACAUUUGGAUUACUAAAAUGUCAUCUAAAGGUUGUGAGUUGUCAAGAGAAAUGUUCCUAAUUGUAAGUCUGUCAAUUUUAGAUAGUUUUUUUUUUUUUACUUCAGAUUAAAAUUAUGAUCUAGUCAUUAAUCAAUGGCUCUAUGUCUAAGAUACUAUUGACAUUUCAAAUUUUCACCUUUGCCACCUGCUAGGUAGCACAAAGGCUCACAAUCCAUUGCAAAAUGGGAAUGACCAAUCAAAAUCAUAGUUGCAAUUUAUUAUUUGCAUAUAGUUUAAUAUACCAACUAUCAACUUACAAAAUUAUGUUUGAAAUUUCAAAUGAUAUUGUCUUAUUGGGCCUAGUUCUAAAAGAUUGACAAAGGCUUUUCUUAAAAAAAAAAAAAAAUGUUUUCUUGAUUUUCCAAAUAUGUUUGAACAGCUUUUUUGGGUAGGAUAUAUUUUUAAUACAUACAUUUGGGGGAGGGGUGGUGCAAUGGUAUUACAGCAUUAGAAUAUUUGAUUUUGUAAACUUGUCCUUAUUGGAAUGUCGACCUCAAGUAUUUUGUUGAUUAUGCUUGAAGUAAUUGGAAAUAUUAAAUAUCAAAUGUUUUCAGAA